UCCACUAAUUUCUACCAAACGUACCUAGGAAAUGUCUAGCGAAGUUCGUUUGUUAUUUCAUUAAUUUUCCCAUACGCGUUGUAAAUGACUUGAGACCCAAAACUUAAGUUUCCAAGAAGAAACCAAACCAUAAGCUGUUCAGUGUGCUAUAUAUGUAGCUGCUUCAUUGAGCUCUCUUUUCCUUAACAAAUUUACUAAAAUCCCUUCACUACUCUUGCAUCUCUUCAAAACUUUCAUCCAUGAAUACUCAAGGAGAAUCAUCUACUUCUUCACACUUCUCUUAUGAUGUAUUUCUUAGUUUCAGAGGUGAAGAUACCCGAAAAAACUUCACAGGUCAUCUUUAUUCCCGGUUGUGCCAAGUCGGAGUUAAUACCUUCAUAGAUGAUGAGGAAUUGAAAAAGGGUGACGUGAUUUCAACUAAACUUGAGAAAGCAAUUCAAGAAUCUAAAGUUUCUAUUGUGGUUUUCUCGAGAAAUUAUGCUUCGUCUAGUUGGUGUCUUGAUGAACUAGUCAAAAUUCUCGAAUGCAAAGAGAAGUUAAAGCAAGUUGUUUUGCCUAUUUUUUAUGAUGUCGAUCCUUCUCAAGUGCGCAAGCAAAAUGGGUGCUUCGGUGAAGCUUUGGCUAUGCUCAAGGAACGAUCAUUUGGAGCUCAAAGAAUGGACAAGUGGACAACUGCACUUACCGAAGCUGCAAAUUUAUCUGGAUGGAAUUUACGGAAUAUUGCUGACGGGCAUGAAUCAAGAUUUAUUGAAAGUAUUAUAAAACAAGUCCUACAAGAGGUCAACCAGACACCUCUGGAUGUUGCUUGGCACCCUGUUGGAGUAGAUUCCCGCGUCAAACAUAUCGAGUUGUUACUGCAAAAUGGAUGUGAAAAAGAAGUUCGUAUGGUUGGUAUAUACGGUGUUGGUGGAAUUGGAAAAACAACUCUGGCAAAAGCUAUGUACAACAGAAUAUUUCGAUACUUCGGUAGUAGUUGCUUCCUUUUAGACGUUAAAUCAGAAGCUGAAGCAUUUGGUCUAGUCAAGUUACAAGAAAAACUACUUCAUCAAAUUCUCAAAACUAAGGACAUCAAAGUUAGCAGUACUGCUGAAGGCGUCAAUCUAAUCAAAGCACGACUUGGGUCAAAGAAGGUUCUAAUUAUUCUUGAUGACGUCGACCAUAUACGACAAUUAGAAUCCUUAACGAGAGAAAGAAGUUGGUUUGGUUCGGGUAGUUUAAUAAUUAUUACAACCCGUGACGAGCAUUUGCUAUAUGGGCUUCGAGAAAAUGAGAGAUACAAGGCCAAACUUUUAAAUUACAAUGAAGCUCGACAACUUUUUUCUUGUCAUGCUUUUAACAGUCUUUCCCCGCCACCAGAAUAUGUUGAGCUGUCACAAGACAUAAUCAAAUAUUCAGGUGGGCUACCAUUAGCUCUUGUGACAUUGGGGUCACAUUUGCAAGGGAGAUCCGUAGAAGAAUGGAGAUACGAGUUGAAAAAACUAAGAGCAAUUCCUCAUAUUGAUAUCCAAAAAAUACUCAAGAUAAGCUUUGAUGGACUUGAUUGUGAUACACAGAGUGUUUUCCUUGAUAUUGCGUGCGCCUUGCAUGGGUUUGAUAGCGAUGAAGUCGCCGAUGCAUUAAAUGCAUGUGGCUUUUAUUUUGAAAGUGCAAUCGCAACUUUGGUGAAAAAAUGUUUGCUCCAAAAUGCGUGGAGUUUGGUGAUGCAUGAUCUAGUGCGAGAUAUGGGAAAAGAAAUUGUUCGCACGGAAUCACCCCGAGACCCUGGAAAACGAAGUAGACUGUUCAACCCUCAAGAAGUCUGCGAUGUUCUACAAGGAAAUAAAGGUUCCAAAAAGAUAGAAGUACUGAUGGUAGAUUCACAGGCAUUAAAGGGUGUGAACUUGAGCACCAACGCAUUUAAGAAAAUGAUAAAUCUUAGGGUGCUUAUAAUUGACGGCAAGUUAAGUAUCAGUGGAAAUUUUGAGUUGUUGUCCAAGGAGCUCAGAUGGUUGUCUUGGAAAGGAUGUCCUUUAAAAUGUAUAUCAUCAAAUUUUUCAGGUGAUAAACUUGUAGUUCUGGAUAUGCGGGAGAGUGAUAUCCAAGAAUUUGGUUUGAAUUUUCAGUGUUGUAAAAGCUUGAAGAAGUUGGAUCUCUCAGAUAGCAAGCGUCUCAAAAGAACUCCAAACUUCAACGGUUCACGAAGUCUUGAGACUUUAUGGCUUCAUGGUUGCUCAAGUCUGACGGAGAUCCAUCCAUCAAUUGGAAAUUUGGACGGACUAAUUGAUCUGGAUUUUUCUGGUUGCAAAAAGCUUACGGAUCUUCCAAGCAGCAUAUGCCGGCUAAAAUCAUUGGAAACCUUGGACAUUUGUCGGUGCUCAUCUUUACAAACGCUGCCAGUUGACCUUGGAGAUAUGCGAUGUCUAAAAUCUCUUGCUGCAAGUGAUACGGGUAUAAAACAAUUGCCUAGAUCUGUUGAAAUGCUAAAAGAUCUCGAAAAUUUGGAUGUGGGAGGUAAAUAUAUAGAGGCCAAAAGGAGUUUUUCUCGAAGAAGAGUCCAUCGCAUACAAUCCUUCUCGACCUUUCUUUCGUUUUUAGUCCUUAAAAACUGUGGUUUCUCUGAGGUUGAUAUUCCUAGGGAUAUUGGGAGUUUAUCGUCCUUGUGGUAUUUAGAUCUGAGCGGCAAUAGUUUCCGCCGUCUACCCUUUGAUUUUUCUAACCUACAAUCUUUGAUGAUCUUGCAUUUGAAUGGUUGUGAGAAUCUUCAAAUACUCCCAUCAGUAUCAAAUUUACAACGUCUUUUCAUUUUUGAAAUUGCAAAUUGCAAGAAAUUGGUCAACAUUACGGGGUUGGACAACCUCCCUUCACUAAGUGGUAUGAGCAUGCUUAAUUGUACUUCUCUGCAGAAUCCAUUCAAUGAAGGCUUCUUUAGUGCACAUGCUCUAGCAUUUCCAUCUAUGGUUAGUCUCUCUCUCUCUCUCUCUCUCUCUCUCAUAGUAAUAAUCUUCCGUCUUCGUUUGAUGAAGCAGCGUUUAGAAAUUUAUCUCCAAAGCAAUGAGAUUCCACAUUGGUGCAACAAUCAAGUAACAUCUUCUUCUAUCUGCUUCACUAUGCCCACACAUAAUAAGGAGUAUACGUUUUUAGGAAUGAUUCUCGCAUGUGUUCGCAAGUUUGCCAACAUACCCACUUCAAGAGGUUUCCAUUCGCGUGGCUUGAGCUUUAAUAUUGCCGGAAAAAUGUCAUCGAGAGGCAACUGGGUUUAUGAUUAUGUAAUACCCGAUGGACAGGCAGAACUAUUAUGUGUACUUUACAUACCUUUCUUAGAAGAACCUUUUGAUUGCCCGAUGAAAGGCGGAGAACAGAUACAAAUCACUGAGAUGCAAAUCGCUGAGAUAGGUGAAGAAUGUACAGUAAAGAAGAUAGGGAUCCAUCUGUUAUAUUUAGACCAACAUGGUAAGGUUACAUCAUUGCCAAAGAAUCGUGGAUUAUUCUCAUUCUCAGAUAAUGAACAAAAGCCGGGAGAACAAACCUGGAGGAAUGACAAUUGGGGCAGAAUGGGCCCAGGUGGUCCGGGCCAGAACGGGGCCGAGCAGGCCAAUAUUUACAUGGAGCGGGCGCGGCGGGGUGUGGGGCAGGACAGGAUAGGAUAUAAAGCAUUAAUUUUGAAAAAAUUUAAUGGGUUAGGGCAGGGAAAGGUCCAGGUUAAAAGAUGGGUCGAGUACAAAAAAAAAAAAAAAAAAAAAAGACCCCUUGAUCCAGUUCAACACAUGUGCGCACAUACAAUAAUUGUGCCUCUUCUGCUAUAUAAAAUGUGAAAUAGAGUUAUGUCUUGUAAUUAUUUAAAAGUAUCACUAUAAAGUGUAAUUAUAGAGUAUAAUCAGUUACUCCAUUAGUUUCCGGCA